AUGAUCAGCUCAACGUCGCGCGAUUUCACCGAAAUGGAAUACACUCAGCAGCCGAAAGUCCUCCGCCCCAGCUGGUACACCGUACCAGCGAUCUUUUCCAUAAUCCAGUCAUACACUUCGGCAGUGGAGUGGUUCUACUACCUGACUUUUAUCUCGCACAUACUAUGCAAGUCCGACUCGGCACACAUAGCCAAAGCCCACCUCAUCUCCUUUCUGCGUGCUCGUCCACACAUCCAGAUGUGGCACGAAGCCUUGCUUUCCGAGAUGUAUGAUGAGGACGAACUCAAUCUGCCGUCGGUACUCGAAGGCACGGAUCUCAUGCAUCCCUUGAUACAAAGAUUUCACGAAUAUUGCACGCAGAGAUUCUCAUUGAUGACGAAAGACGAUGUCUUCGUCGCGCGAUGUAUACUAGUGGAUUUCAUUUACAGGCGCUUAGAUGAUGCCCAGAGGGCAGCUGAGUUGGCGAAGGAUGUGCAGACCAGGAAAGUCUUGGAAGAGCAGGGUAUGGUUGUAAAGCAGCGCGAACAGGCUCGAAGAGAUUUUGAGGUUUCUAGUCUCCGCUUUGGUAGCACCGUGCAAGACAUGCCUGCUGUCGGUCAAAUUGGUGUCCGCGAUCUUGCGGGUCUCUUGGAUGCGUUGUCUUUACGAUCACCUCUUGACCUAUCCGUCCCGUCUGAAACUGUGUUUGCUACAACCAUAGUGCCUGUUCAGGAGGUAACAUUGCUGACGGGUCUUGCGCGCAGCUUGACUCGGCUCGCUGUAGUGGUUGCACCAUCCUACAUUCACUUGGCGGCGUAG